AUGAAAGUUGUUACACCAGAAAUCUCUUGGCAUGAACGCGAUCCAGUUUACAGUGUAGACUUCCAGCCAGGUCUCUGGCCGGUUCAACGGAUUGCUAGUGGUGGAGUGGAUAAGAUUGUUAGGAUAUGGCAAAUGACUCUGGAUUCAGAGGGCAAAGCUCAGGUGGACUUUUUAUCUAAUUUGAGGCGACACACUGCAACGGUCAACGUGGUUCGCUUCUCCAGAAAUGGUGAGCUUCUUGCGACAGCUGGAGAUGAUUCAACGAUUAUUUUGUGGAAACUGAACGAUGUCCCUGCACCAUCAAACAACAUUUUUGCUGAGGAUGAUGUUGAGGACGACAAGGAGACUUGGGUGUGCCAUAAAACUCUAAGGGGUCAUUUGGGUGAUGUUGUGGAUUUGUCCUGGUCAAAAGACAACAGUUACCUAAUAUCUGGGUCAGUGGACAAUUGUGCAAUCAUUUGGGACGUGGCUAAAGGUGUGAAAUAUGCUCUCUUUAAAGAACACAAGAGCUAUGUUCAAGGUGUAGCCUUUGAUCCUCUUGGUACCUAUGUGGCCACCUUAAGUGCUGACAGGUCUCUUAGACUGUACAAUUUUACCACAAAGAGCUGUGUUCAUAACGUCAGCAAGAUGACACUUCCCCCUUUGGCAGCACCAACUCCUGCCUCAACGGAUGCUUCAACAAACACUUUAGAAACAAAACUGAAACCCUUCAGGAUUUUUCACGACGACAGUCUUCGUUCUUUUUUCCGACGUUUGGAGUUCUCGCCUGAUGGACAGUUGUUGCUGGCUCCUGCCGGUUGCAUGGAACUUGGAGACAAGAUCGUCAACACAUCUUUUGUUUUUGCAAGAGGAGCUUUUUCUAAACCUGCUGUGUAUCUGCCAAGUCCUGAGAAGACAACUACAGUUGUUAGAGCUAAUCCCCAGUUGUUUGAACUCAGGCCUUCUGAAAACGCCAGCAGUCAGCCAAAGGUCAUAGAUGGAGAAAAUGAAGUGGAUAAGACAAAACCAUGGGAGAAAGCAAAGUCUUUAUUCUGUUUACCCUACCGCAUUGUGUUUGCGGUUGGCACCGAGGAAUCCGUGUUGCUCUAUGACACCCAGCAGACCAUGCCUGUAGGCCUACUGAAGAACAUACACUACCAUCAGAUCAGUGACUUAUCCUGGUCAGGUGAUGGGAGAGCUUUGAUAAUCUCUUCAACUGAUGGAUUCUGUACGAUUGCUACAUUUGAAGAUAAUGAACUGGGCGUGCCAUACAAAGAUUCAUGUGCAGAUGUCAACAAAGCAAACAUUCUCUCCACAGCGAAGAAUCGAUCAAAUGAAGACACAGACAGUAACAAAUCUCCAGAAACGACAUCUACCAGUUUAUCAUCAUCAUCAUCUGCAGAAACUAGUGAUGAAAAAACACCAAAAAGAUCCAGAAAGAGCAAACCCAUGUCCCAUCAAGACGGGACUAAACCCAUGUCCCAUCAAGACGGGACUAAACCCAUGUCAAACAAGAACAAGCAUACCUCGGCUGUAACGGAUGCCUCAGGUACUCAGAAUGCAGACAAUGUACCGGCAGCAGAAUCUCAUCAGACAGAACUAUCAGAACAAGUUAGCUCAAUGGAGAUUACAGAAUCUAGCAGUGUUGAGGCAGACAGUAGUAAAGGUGUGCCAAAGGUUACGGCAGUGGAUGGAGCUAAAAGUGAGGAGAAAGAACAAGAAGCCCCAAAGAAGAAGAGAAUACAGAUAACAACACUGAGCUUGUUAAGCAAGAAGUAG